AUGCUGUCCACACAAACCGUAGGCGGCGUAUCCUCGAGCGAUGACAUCGGCAUCGUCAGCAUUCUCAUGUUCUGGGGCAUGCUUGAAACCGGGGUCGCGAUCGUGGCGAUCUGCCUCCCCAGCCUCUACCGGCUGGUGCGCGACGUCUCGCCCCGUGCGCGCCUACAAAGCCUGCUCGUGUUCCGACGGCUGCAAGAGUCGAAGGACGACGAUAGCUCGUUUCUAGAUGGUGCCGAAUUCCAGCCAGGGCAAAGUUCUCUGCCUCGCAGAUUCCACGGACUUGGUUCUAUCCUGAAAUCCGGUAUGUGGCGGAGUGAAACGUCGCAUGGAGAAGACAGUGGACCUGAAAAUGAUCCUAAGACGAUGACAGUUGAUGGCAAUGCAGCGAUGAAAUUGUCUUUGGGCUUUACGGGAGAGCGAGGGGCUGAGUGGCCGCAGAUGAGAAACCAGUCCACCAUCGCUCUCUCAAAGCGGAUGCAUGCUGUCACGACUGAUGCGGUGCUCAAUGCGCAGCAGCACCCACCGAGGAGCCAGAUCUGGGAGAUGAAGGAGAUUCAACGUACAGUCGAGGUGGUUUAA